UUUAGGUCAUAAUGGUUGUCAUAACGAUUGCGAAAUUUUAAAGCUAAUUUUCACCAUGAAAGAAUCAGGCACCUUAUCACAUUCGAAAAAAUAUAUGGGUCAUAGUCUGCGAAAAAGCACUUUGAUGCUUGGUUCUCGGGUUUCAAGUUGCGUUUCCAAACGCUCCGAUACAGAGAAACGCCCUUCAAGACCAACAAUUAGAUUGAUUGAUCAAAACGGAUUAGAUCUUACGCCACUGCCACUACUGACUGAUGACAAAAGGUUUAGAGAUGAUAGAGAAACGAGCAAUGAUUGCACUGCUUCUAUACACAGCGGUAGCAGUCUGCAUAUCACAAACCCCUUCGCUUUCACUCGCUCUUUGGUUAGCGUCUCUAGCCCAACUGGCGAUUCUCGAUCCGAAGCAAGCGAUGAUAAUGUUGAACGAUACCAUGCCUACACAGAAAUUAAAACGCUGAUUCAGCCACAACAUGAAGAAUUGUCGGAAGCGGAUUUGAAUAAGCUGGUUGAUAUCAAAAUCGCAGAAACGGAUACCUUUUGGAUAUUUGAUCAGCCACCCACUGUGCUGUCCCAGGAUUCAGAAGACGCACUACAGCAGAUUAAGCGAAAUACAGCUUACAAAGCACUAGUGACCGGAAGAUUAGGAAACGAUCGGUAUAUGGAGCGGGGAAUGAACACUUUCAACUGCCCAGUGAUUGCGAAGUCCGUUCAGACUAGCAGGAUUGCGAUGCAUGAGCGCUCUACGAUGGUUACCGUCUGGGAGAUGGCGGAUACAUUCCAAGCAGAACUAACUGAUGAAGAACCACAGAUGCCGGAAGCCGUAUCACCGGUGGAACAAGUGAGGAAGACCAAAUCAGUGUCCCAGUCUCCGCUGCUGCAACCUGAUGACGGUGGUCCGAUAGAGCCCAGCAAGGUGCCUGUAUUGAAAGAUUUCACUGUAACAACUGAACCCGGUUCGGUGGCCGGAACGUCCGAGGGCAGCAGACUAGGCACAUCAAUCACACCAAAGGACACCAUGGUUUCCAACUCGGAGUCAGAUUUGUUCGGGUUCCGCUACAGCGUUAGUUCGCAACCGAGCAUUCUGACUGGCGCUCUCGAUAUCCUCGCGGUAAGUUUUCUCCUGUACAAUAAAAUACAUUUUGUUCCCUUCUGCUUUACUUUCAUUGCGUCGGGCAUGGGCGGCUGA